GUGUUACAGAGCAGACCGGGAAGCUCGCUGGGAAUUAUCCAGCACAGUGUUAACAAACUUAGAAAAGGAACACAACAUUUUAUUCAAAAUGGAUUGGUUAAACGUCUUUAAAGGUUUUUUCAGCAUUGGAAAAGUGAAAAGAAAACCUAGUGUUCCAGAUUCUGCGUCUCCUGCUGAUGACAGUUUUGUUGACCCAGGGGAACGUCUUUAUGACCUCAACAUGCCUGCCUAUGUGAAGUUUAACUACAUGGCUGAGAGAGAGGAUGAAUUAUCAUUGAUAAAAGGAACAAAAGUGAUUGUCAUGGAGAAAUGCAGUGAUGGGUGGUGGCGGGGCAGCUACAAUGGACAAAUUGGAUGGUUCCCUUCAAACUAUGUAACUGAAGAAGGUGACAGUCCUUUGGGUGACCAUGUGGGGUCGCUGUCAGAAAAAUUAGCAGCGGUUGUCAAUAACCUAAAUACUGGGCAAGUGUUGCAUGUGGUACAGGCUCUUUACCCUUUCAGUUCGUCCAAUGAUGAAGAACUUAAUUUUGAGAAAGGCGAUAUAAUGGAUGUUAUUGAAAAGCCAGAAAAUGACCCAGAGUGGUGGAAAUGCAGGAAGAUCAAUGGUAUGGUUGGUCUUGUGCCAAAAAACUAUGUAACCAUUAUGCAGAAUAAUUCAUUAACAUCAGCUUUGGAACCAUCACCUCCACAGUGUGAUUAUGUUAGGCCUUCACUCACUGGAAAGUUUGCUGGCAAUCCUUGGUAUUAUGGCAAAGUUACCAGACAUCAAGCAGAAAUGGCAUUAAAUGAAAGAGGACAUGAAGGAGAUUUUCUCAUCCGUGAUAGUGAGUCUUCGCCAAACGAUUUUUCAGUAUCACUGAAAGCACAAGGGAAAAAUAAGCAUUUUAAAGUCCAACUAAAAGAGACCUUCUACUGCAUUGGGCAGCGUAAAUUCAGCACCAUGGAAGAACUUGUAGAACAUUACAAGAAGGCACCAAUUUUUACAAGUGAACAAGGAGAAAAGUUAUAUCUUGUCAAGCACUUAUCCUGAUACUGCUAAUCAGAAGUGACUGAUACACAGCUUUAUUCCUCAUGUAAUUGAAGACUGAGAAAGUGUUGGUCCAAUCCUGCUUGAUUGGAAAUUGCUGUUUCUAACUCUGUAUGAGAAUUGACUGUUAAUACAUAAGUAUUUUUUAUUAUCAUUCAGCUCAUACAUAUAUACUAUAUGCAAUGCAUCAGCAUAGAACAAGUUACUUAUCUUUGGUCUUCUAUUUCACUAUUGUUUACUGUUUUUCUUUUGGCUUCUAAUAUUAAGGUUUUGUAUUUUGAGAAAAAAAAUCAAAUAAUGCAGAUCAGAAGUCUGUAUGAAAGAAUUUCUUUAUUGCCUUUCCUGUGUUUUCCUUGUAAAGGUCCCUGUUCUGCCAUAGUUCUCGUCAUAUAAAAUUAUAUAUGGCAUAUGCUAAAGUAAAUUUCUUGGAAAUUAUCUUUUCUGUGACUAGCAAUAAUAAAUGGAAAAUUAGAAAUUAUUUUCAGGUUAUUGUAUUUGUCACCACCAAUUGUAAAUACCAAAUUGUUGUGUAUGUUGUUAUUUUUUAAAUGUCUUCAUUGUCUAUGCUGCAAAACAGAUGGAACAUAGGUUAGAAAACAUAUUAUACAAUUUUAAUUUAUAGCUUGAAACGAAUCUCUAAAUUCUUAAACAGAUUUUCUUUGUUGCUUUUUUGCAUCUGGUUAUUUAAGGCAGUCUCUGAGAUACUGAAUUUUUAAAACUGUGAGAAAUAUCUAGUGUUUUUCUCUUUGAGUAUUACCUUACAAAAAUUUCUUGUAUCAGCACGUUAUGUUUAUGUUAUGUGUGAAAAAGUUUUAGGGAGAUAGCCAGUGAGCUAUAUGUAUUUUUUUCUUCCCUAAACAUAUGGGAGGGAGGGAUAGUGGUAUUUUCAAUUUUCAUUUCUACCUUUCAGCUUUUUUUUUUUUUUCCAAGUGCUAGAGAUUGAGCCCAGGCAAAUAUUCUGCCAUGAGCUACAUCCCAUUUAAGUUUUGAGUUUUGUUAAGUAGGACACUAAAAUUGAUGUUUGCCCAAUAGAGAAAUGAAAGAUGUAUAUGAUUAGAUAAAAUGGUAUCAUUUUAAAAAUUUUGUAGUUUUGUUUACUGAGUAGGAGUUUCAGGGUAUGAAUGAGAAAAUACUGUGAAGUAUUGGUUGAGUCUACUUCUGCAGGCCACAGGGAAAAACAAUUGUAUUUUAUGGUCACAGUUUUCAUUAAUUUGGAAAUUUAAAUUUACUCAAACCAGUAUUUUACUUGAAAAUAAUUAUUAAAACCAUGUUGUAAACAAUAGA